AUGAGUCGUCUAAUCAACACGAGCAGGGCCGUUGCUGCUGGUUUAACUGCCAGGUGCCACAACAUUGCUUCUACAGCCAGACCGAUCAGAGCGUUGGCCACUUCUUCCGGUGACGAUUUGGUGGAGAUUGAGUUGCCCCCUACCUCGUUCGAAGGCUACAAUUUGGAAGUUCCCGAGCUUUCGUUUGAAACGGAAAAGGAAACCUUGUUGAACAUGUACAAGGACAUGAUUGUUAUCAGAAGAAUGGAAAUGGCUGCAGACGCAUUGUACAAGGCGAAAAAGAUUCGGGGCUUUUGCCACUUGUCCGUUGGGCAAGAAGCCGUUGCUGUUGGUGUUGAGAAUGCCAUUGACAAGAAGGACACCGUGAUCACUUCAUACAGAUGCCACGGUUUCGCCCAUGUAAGAGGCGCGUCAGUGAAGUCGAUUUUGGCCGAGUUGAUGGGCAGAAGAUCGGGCGCCUCGUACGGUAAAGGUGGCUCUAUGCAUAUUUUCGCACCUGGCUUUUACGGCGGUAACGGUAUCGUUGGCGCUCAAGUGCCCAUGGGCGCUGGCUUAGCUUUUGCUCACAAAUACCGAGGAGACAAAAACGUCACGUUCGCCUUGUACGGAGAUGGCGCUAGUAACCAAGGCCAGGUUUUCGAAGCGUACAACAUGGCCAAGUUGUGGAACUUGCCCUGUGUUUUCGUUUGUGAGAACAACAAGUACGGUAUGGGAACUGCUGCUGCGAGAUCCUCGGCCAUGACCGAGUACUACAAGAGAGGCCAAUACAUCCCCGGCUUAAAGAUCAACGGUAUGGAUGUCUUGGCAUGUUACCAAGGCUCCAAAUUUGCCAAAGACUGGGCUGCGCAAGGCAACGGACCCCUUGUUUUGGAGUUUGAAACCUAUAGAUACGGCGGCCACUCCAUGUCUGACCCUGGUACCACCUACAGAACCAGAGAAGAAGUCCAGCACAUGAGAUCGAGAAGCGACCCAAUUGCCGGAUUGAAAGCGGUUCUUUUGGAGAAAAACGUAGCCACCGAGGACGAAAUCAAAGCAUGGGACAAAAAGGCUAGAAAAUACGUGGACGAGCAAGUUGCCGAGGCUGAAGCCGAUGCUCCACCUGAAGCCAAGAUGGACAUCUUGUUUGAAGAUGUAUAUGUGCCUGGCUCUGAGAUCCCCGUUUUAAGAGGAAGAAUCUCGGACGAUUCUUGGGAUUUUGCCAAGAAGGACUUUUUGAACAAGGUCUACUAA